UCACCGCUGUAGACUAUGCAGCAAAUCGGCUGGAACCCGCUGCGUGGCACCUACAGCAGCCGCCCGGACGCACCCGUAAGGACACACGCCGGAAGUGCCUUCGCCGCCAUCUUGGGGGGAGGCUCCUGAAGCCCUGGAACCUGAAGGGGUAGCUCUGGCAGUAAAGCACUGCAACCCACCAGCCCCAGCUUCUUCCAUCCAUCUUAGUGCUUCACUGGUCCAGCUGACCUGAGAGACAACCAGACAGGAGCAUCCUGGACUCCAAUUCAAGAGAAAGAGCACAGGAGUGCUCACUGGAGUGAGGACAUCUGGAUUCUGAUCCCAGCUUGGCCACUAACUGUGUGUGGUCUUGGAAAAGGCUCUCCCAUGAGCUCAGUGUUCUGAGGAGAGUCCCUUGGUAAUGUCCAGGGCUCCAGGAAGAGAUGUCCUUGUGGCUGGAGGCCCCUGUGCCUGAUGCUUCUCCUGACUCUGCAGUGGAGCUGUGGGAGCCAGAUGCACAAGAUGCAAGUGGCCAGGCGCUGGGAGUCAGUAACUGCGUCCUCAGGGAGGAAGCCAGCACGCCCCAGUCGGCUGGGGACUCCCUGGGGGCAGGGCUGGAGGCAACAGAGCCCAUAGUCCUGCUCCCUGGGGUGGAUACCCCUCCAGAGUCUACAGAGCUCCGUCCGCAAAAACGGAAAAAGGGGCCAGCCCCCAAAAUGCUGGGGAAUGAGCUGUGCAGUGUGUGUGGGGACAAGGCCUCUGGCUUCCACUACAACGUGCUGAGCUGUGAGGGCUGCAAGGGAUUCUUCCGCCGCAGCGUCAUCAAAGGAGCGCGCUAUGUCUGCCACAGUGGGGGCCACUGCCCCAUGGACACCUACAUGCGUCGCAAGUGCCAGGAAUGUCGCCUUCGAAAAUGCCGCCAGGCUGGCAUGCGGGAAGAGUGUGUCUUGUCCGAAGAGCAGAUCCGCCUAAAGAAACUGAAGCGGCAAGAGGAAGAACAGGCUCAGGCCACAUCCAUGCCCCCAAGGGUGUCCUCACCUCCCCAAGUCCUGCCCCAGCUCAGCCCAGAACAGCGGGGCAUGAUUGAGAAACUGGUGGCUGCCCAGCAACAGUGUAACAGACGCUCUUUUUCUGAUCGGCUCCGAGUCACGCCUUGGCCCAUGGCACCAGAUCCCCAGAGCCGGGAGGCCCGUCAGCAGCGCUUUGCCCACUUCACGGAGCUGGCCAUUGUCUCUGUGCAGGAGAUCGUUGAUUUCGCCAAACAGCUGCCUGGCUUCCUGCAGCUCAGCCGGGAGGACCAGAUCGCCCUACUGAAGACCUCUGCGAUUGAGGUGAUGCUCCUGGAGACGUCUCGGAGGUACAACCCUGGGAGUGAGAGUAUCACCUUCCUCAAGGACUUCAGUUACAACCGGGAAGACUUUGCCAAGGCAGGGUUACAGGUGGAAUUCAUCAACCCCAUCUUCGAGUUCUCCAGAGCCAUGAAUGAGUUGCAGCUCAAUGAUGCUGAGUUUGCUCUGCUCAUCGCCAUCAGCAUCUUCUCUGCAGACCGGCCCAACGUGCAGGACCAGCUCCAGGUAGAGAGGCUACAACACACAUACGUGGAGGCUCUGCAUGCCUACGUCUCCAUCCACCACCCCCAUGACCGACUGAUGUUCCCAAGGAUGCUAAUGAAACUGGUGAGCCUCCGGACCCUGAGCAGUGUUCAUUCAGAGCAAGUGUUUGCACUGCGCCUGCAGGACAAAAAGCUUCCCCCGCUGCUCUCUGAGAUCUGGGAUGUGCACGAAUGACUGUUCUUCCCCCAUAUCUUCUGUUUUCUGGGCUGGAUGGCUGAGGCGCCUGGCUGCCUCCUACAGGUGGAGCUGAGAAGGGCAAACAUUCCUGGGAGCUGGGCAAAGGAGAUCCUCGUGUGGCAUUAAAGGAGAGUCAAAGGGUUGGGAGUUUUGUGGCUGCUGGGCAGUGAGGGUCCUGCUAGAAGUGUGCUCCAUUUGAAGAUCGUACUGACCCAACCAAAUGGAUGAACCUGGGGGCCACUUUGCACAAGGUUCUCCAGGGCCCUGCCCCUCCUGCCUCCACCACUUCCUGUUUUCCCCACAGGGCCCCAAGAGAAAUUCUCCACUGUCACUGCGGCUUGGCCAUAAAUGCCUGGGGGCUGCCUCACUGAUAGGUCUGGCGCUGUCUGUACAGAAGGACCAAAAAGAAGAUAGAACGAGAGAAAAAAAAUCUCUGGAUUGGGGGUGGGGGCACGGCCACCAUAGAGGAGGAAACCCUCCUUUAGGAUCCGCCUCCAGACGCAUAACAGAGACAAGUCACAAGUGACAGCCUGGGCAGUGAGAGGGGACUUCCUUUUACCAACCCCAUGAGGAUAAAUGAAAGGCUGAGGCUUAGAUGCCCCCUUCCCUUUUAGUGACCCAGGUGGGAUUGUGUUGUCUUUCUAAGGUGGGGGGGGGGGGGCGGGGUAGGAGGUUGAAGUUUCAGAACUAACACCCCGGUCAUGCACCUGUCUUCGUGGGCGCGCUCAUAAUGCCUCGGGUGUUCCGUUGGCACCUAAAAAAGAGGGUACAACAGCCCAUCCUCUAGGGCCCCAGGCCUUGUGGGACAGGAGGAAAAGUGCCCUGACACCAGGGUGUAGGCUGCCCUGCUGCGGGUUUGUCUUGUGGGAAGGGCUGGACUCCAUUUCCCACCGGACACCGCGGCACCGUUCACGUCCCCUUCGAUCUGCGCGCUCCCUUGUAGGUGAGACAGCGGGCCGCGCCUUCCGGCCUCGGUCCCCCCCGCCGUCCCUGAGUUGGUAGGCUCCACCUCUAGGGCCGCGGCUUUGCAGCCCCGGCUGCUGGGCACUUCCAAGCCGCUUGCAGGGGGAGGAAGCGUGAGGUGUGGGGGACGCUCAGAAAGUCUCAAGAGCAGUUUCAUCUUGAGAAGUCGCUCCUAGAUUAAUCUACAUUUCGUCGAAGUGGGCGCUAUUACCUUGUCAAAUUAAAAUCUCUUUGUGCAACCUGAA